UGCACAAUUGUGAACCAGCGAUUAGAUUUUCGGGUUGAAACGUCUUAAACACCAAUUUCUGCGGUGUCGAGCAAUACUGAUAUGUACUGUACACAAAGUAAAUACAAAAAACGUCAUAAAAAUUGACGAGAUCCCAUGCCUAUAUGAGAUUUUCCUUACUUCAAGGAUUGUCGGCCAGCUAACAGAUGGUUUCCACGGCAACCACCUGCCUGUAACUAAAAAUCAAAAUGGAGGAAAAUGAAGGCGUCAGGGACGAAAGACAAGAAUUUGAUUACACUGCCAGUGAAGAAGCUAUUGCCUACUUAGGGAAUAUCACUUCACAAGAUUGGAGUGCAAUAGGCAUGUCAGAAACGUUGAUGACAACAUCAGGGGAUAAGGAUUUUGGGGAGUUUGAGAUAACUGUAAGUCAUGCUGAGUGGCAAGGAAAAGAAUGCUACAUGAUCCACAUUACAGAAGAGUGUAUUGUCAUGGAUAUACCAAAAGUCACCAAUAUCAUUGCUCAUGUUGACCAGAACUUUACAACUCUUGAACAAAGUAUACAUGAAUAUAAGGUGCCCGACAGAACAAUUGACAGUAAGACAUUGAUGACUCUUGAGGGGGGAAAAUACGUUGUUCAAAAAACAGUAAAACAUGAUGAUUUUGAACGACAAACGCACGAGACAUAUUCGACAAAACAAAUGCAAGGUUUUAUUUGUGAAGCUUGUCAUGUGGUUUUACAACGAUUAUUAUUGAAAAAGGGAAUUCCAGAUAAUAUGGUCUUCUUGACAUUUGACAGCGAGACGAAUCUUUCCUCCAUGACAUUUAAAAUGAUCGGUGAAAGAGAAAUUGAGGUUGAAGAUGAAAGUGUUUUAACAAGAGGAAUCGAAUGCAAGCUAUCGUCUUUGAUGAAAAAGGAAUAUUUGUGGGAGUCUUUCUUUAUACCUGAUGGUCGUUUGAUGUUAAAAACUGAAAUCGGAAGUGACGUCACCGUCAGACAGCUCACUUUACCACGCACUCCAACACCUGAACAACCAGAUAUUAUCACUCCGCUUAAGUGGGAUGAAGAUAUGGAGUUGCUGUCACAGUUUACUGAUAGAAAGGAAGAACUUGUCGAUGAUCAUAACACAUAUAUUCGAAGACAUCCAGAAGUAAAGGCCAUCCUGGCUGAUUUCUUACAAUUCUUAUUAAUGAAAAAACCUGACGAUAUUUUUGACUUCGCGAGAGAAUUUUUUGUCGGCAUGUCUUUAGCACCGCUGGAUCAAAGUGACCAGUGAAGAAGUUGGGUGUAUAAAGUUGUAAAUUAAAUUAUUUAAGGUUCAUUAGCAUGUUGAGUAUAUAUUAAUAUAUAAGACAGCACAGAUUUAUUUAUACUGUUUGCUCUCAAGUCCCUAUUUGAAGCAAAACGUCCGGUGGUAUUUUGUAUUUAGGCCUAGGCCGUCGCAUUUUGCUCGCGUCGAAUGCAAUUCAAACUAUGGAUUCUAUAAUGAGAUGAUAAACAUGUUAAUGAUAACAUCCCAUUACCUGUUGUUUUAAUUGCAUUCGACGCUCUCGUGUGCGAUGGGCUUAACCUAGGCAGUAGAUAUUCACAGUAAAGUGUCUGCAUGAGUUAAUGAUAUGUAAAAAAUCAAUGCAACUUAUGUAUGUUUUCAAUCUGUUCACGAUAUGGAAAUUUCGUAAAUUA